CAGAAAAAACGCUACACAGCAAGGAAGGAAAAAAGUGCACAAGACGAAGACGACAAAAGAGCAGUCAUAAUUUUUUGCCGAAACAGCAUUUGCACGACACCCAACUUACAGCACACAUUAACCACCGCCACCACAUAGACAUCAUCAUAUCAUCCGCGCUCAUACCAACUGCGCCUCAUAAGCAUAUCCAGCCUUGCGCCAGCCAACAACGACACCACUACGCGACUAAACGACUACGCGUCGAAGGUGGUAGCUGAGUGAGUGCUGAUCUAGUGAUUGUGAAAAAUUGCAAUUGCCACUCGAAUUCGAUACAAGCGUGUGCGUCGUCAUUGUUGUAGUUAUGCUGAAUUUGUUGCCAUCCGUGGUUUUAAACGCUUUACGCGCCUGCUGGUUCCGUCUGCUAGUUAUGUUCGGCAAAGCGCACAAAUAUCGAAUGGACGAGCAUGAUUUCUUAGCAUUACAAGCGGAAACCAUCUCAAUCACAGCGACGGGCAAACCGCACAUAUCAGCUUGCCUGGGGGCUUGGCCAUCGAAAGUGAAAGAUGAGAUAGCCGCAACGGAAACGCGAAAAUUGCCAAGGCCGAAAGGAUUGCCCUUAAUAGGCACGUUAUGGGAUCUAAUAGCCGCUGGUGGUGGACAACAGUUACACAAAUACAUACACCGACGUCAUGACGAGCUCGGUCCGAUAUUUUUCGAACGUCUCGGCGGCGCACAGGAUGCCAUAUUUGUUUCAUCAGCAAGUCAAAUGCGUGCGGUAUUUCUGUAUGAGGGCCAAUAUCCACGCCAUCCGCUGCCGGACUCUUGGAUUUUAUACAACAAACAGCACAAUUGCCAACGUGGAUUGUUCUUCAUGGAGGGCGUCGAAUGGCUACACAAUCGUCGCAUAUUAAAUCGUUUCCUAUUGGGUGGCACCAUGAAGUGGAUGGAUGUACACAUUGAAGCGUGUACAUUGCGUUUGGUGAAUCUGUGGAGGGCACAAGCAAGCAGCGCACAAUCGCAAUACACUGAGCUAAUGGAGCUGGAACAGCAGCUCUAUAAUUGGGCAAUUGAUGUUGUUUGUACGGUAAUGUUUGGGUUUUCCGCUGCUGAAGAUCCCAAAAUGACCGAAACCAUGGAUGAAUUUUCGCGCAUCGUUCACCGGAUCUUCGACACCAGUUCGGCACUUAUGACAUUUCCGCCGCAAUUGGCUAAACGCCUCAAUAUGCGUAUGUGGCGUGAAUUUGAGGAGAGCGUAGCAGCCGUGUUGAAUAAGGGCAAUGAGUUGAUUGAUCUUUUUGUGAAUCAACCAGACGCAUCUGUAAAUAGAUGUGAAAAUAACGGUCUUCAUAAUCAUGAUUGUGCUGGAGACUCACUCUUUCAGAAACUAUUAUCAGCUGGCAUGCCAUUGGAGACGGUUAAACGUAUAUUUGUGGAUUUGGUAAUUGCUGCUGGCGAUACGACAGCUUACACCACAGAAUGGGCAUUCUAUUUACUCACCCAAAAUACGGAAAUGCAAGAACGUUUAGCCCGCGAAAUGGCUGCGAAUGAUGGUCGCGGAAAUAUGCUGGUACACGGACUGAUUAAAGAAUCUAUGCGCCUAUAUCCCAUUGCGCCAUUUAUUGGACGCUAUUUAGAUACCGAUGCGAAUAUUGGUGGCUAUCACAUCGAGCGAAAUAGCUUAGUAUUACUUUCUUUAUACACGGCGGGUCGCGAACCUAAACAUUUCCCCGACCCAGAAACGGCAAAACCCGAACGCUGGCAAAGAAACGAGGAAACUGGUGAAUUGCGGGAGGUGCUGCAAUCACACGGAUCACUGCCCUUUGCCAUUGGUAAUCGUUCAUGUAUUGGACGUAGAAUGGCCAUGAAGCAAAUGCAUUGCCUGUUGGCGACGGUAAUAAGCAACUUUAAAUUGGAAUGCAAGAAUACAACACCAAUUGACUGUAAGUUGCGUUUGGUGACCGUGCCUGACCAGCCAUUGAGAUUGGCCAUAAAACUACGUGACAUCGCAUAGCCUUAGACAAUACAUUAGACAUGCAUAUGCAAUAUAUGUAUGUUUGUAUACAAAUAUAUGCCAUAUAAAUAUAUAUAAAAUAUCAUUUGCACUCAAAUUUAGAUUUAACAUUUACAUACUAAGGAUGUGCGAAUAAUCAAAUUGAUUGAUUAUUAAUCAAAUUUGUAGUUAAUCAUAAAGUCUGAAUUAUUUUAUAAAGCGUUUUCUAUUUUUUGUUUUGUCUUUUUAAUGCAAUAUAUGUAGUACAUAUGUAUAUGUAUAUGUAUGUAAAAAUUUUCAUACUUUAACGCGGUGCUAUGUUCUAUUGAAUAUUAAAGUGCUUAGAAAAAACACGGCUCAUUCAUAGAUGUACAUAUUUUUACUUAGAUGUAUCAUAAUA